AUGAAGGCUGUCCUCCUUGCCCUGCUAGCCGCUGUCUUGGCCCUGCAGCCAGGCACGGCCCUGCAGUGUUACUCCUGCCAGGCCAAGGUCAGCAACCAGGACUGCCAGCACGUGCAGAACUGCAGCCACUCUGAGACCCAAUGCUGGACUGAGCUCAUCCGUGCUGUUGAUCUCCUGACCCUCAUCAGGAAGGGCUGCAGCUCGCACUGUGUGGAGGACUCAGAGAACUACUACGUGGGCGAGAGAAACAUCACAUGCUGCUCUACUGACCUGUGCAACGCCAGCGGGGCCCACUCCCUGCAGCCGGCCAUUGUCACCCUGACGCUGCUCACCGCUCUUGGCGUGCUGCUGUCCUGGGGCCCCGGGCAGCUGUAG